CUCUAGUUUUCCUUUUGGCAAAGUUGAAAUCCCGCAAACCCCAUAGCCAAUUCUCACUCCUAAACACUACUUCAAAGUAUACUUGGUUUCUUGAUUUUAACUACUACCUUUUUUGGGGGGAAGAUGAAACUGUUACCGUCUCCUUCUAUCUCAUCUUCCUCCACUUCUUCUUUUGAUCCAAAUACGUGCACUUCAAAAAGUGCCACUGCUAGUUGCCUUACGGGUCUUCUACGUCGAAUUCUCUGCUCUCGCAGCCUCCCUACACACCCAUCUGACCAAAUCACUGAAACCAGUUCAAUACCUUGUGAUGGUAGACACCAAGAACUCAUCAAGUCAAAUGAGAAACUGGAGACCACUGCUGCUAAUCCUGGUGUUGUAGCUAGGCUAAUGGGAUUGGAGUGUUUCCCUGAAACUAGUUCAGUUGAUAUGAAAGUCUGUGCUAACUCGAUAUCAAGAAGUCGGUCGAUGAAUUCUGUGGAGUUUAGAGGUGAAAGCGAUCAAAUGCAAAGACAGCAUAGAAGGGUUAAGAGUAGUACAUUGUCGUUUCGGGAGAUGCCAACUUUUCUUGAGGCAGAAAAUAAGGAAUACUUUGUUCUCAGCUUUGAGAAUAUUGGGAGUGAAAGCAAGAAAGUUAGAUCUAAAGAGAGGAAAUGUGAAGUGGGUUCUGGAGAAUUGAAGGAGAAAAGAAGAGAAAAAUGUAAAAGGAAGGAAAACAGAAGAGAGAAAGCAGUAGAAUCAGAGAAGAGAGAAAGAGAAGAGAAAAUCAACAAGAUGGUUUUGAAAGUUUUAAAUGAGUCAGAGUUGAGCAACAGAAUAUUAGAAGAUCAUAAGCCUGCUCAAGAAGCUGGCAAUGGUGGCAAAAUUGAAGAUUCACCCGCUCACAUGAGUCUAAAGGACAGUGAAAUAGUUUACUUGGAAAAUAAAUGGUUGUAUCAUAAGGAAGUCCCUGGCAUUGGAGCAGAAUUAAGAAGGAGAAACAAGAAAACAAAAGGAUGUGCAUUCAAAAAUGAGGAAGCAGAGAUCAGCUCACAGGAUUCCAGCCCUGUUUCUGUUCUUGAUUUUGAUCAAUUCAUCGUUGAUCCAGACGUUACUAAAUCAGAGGAAGAUACAAAGUCAGGGGAGUCUAAUUCGAGGAGGAAAUUAUCCCCUCAACUUGAGAAUCAAAAUCACAAACACUUGUCACAACGCAGUGAUGGUAACUUGAUCUUCGACGACCGAAAUUCCAAUAAAACUGAAGAACCUUGUCCAGGGUCGAGGAAGAAAGUUUGCCAUAAUCAUGACUACUUAAACAUGUGGGAUGAAGUUUGCAAGCUGACAGAAACUCAAGUGGUCGAGACAAAUUUGAAUGCAUACAAAAAUAUGUGUAAAUUCGAAGAAGAUUUUGAAGAGAUCAGUGCAGAUUUUGGGGUGCAAAUCUUGGAUCAGUUGUUACAGGAGCUUGUAGAUCAACUUGCUUGACUCUUGCCAUGAAAAAAAAAAUCAACUAGUAAGAUUAUACUUUUUGUAAAUUAUAUUAUUACAAGAAACUCAGAAUCUAAUCUCUACCUUUCGAAUC